UUUACAUCCGAUAGAUUUCCGAAACCGGAUGUCGCUGUGUUUUGAUUGUUCUUUUUUCGUCAAGGCCCGACCAUGGCGACGGCACUAAGCAAGAAACGCAGGUUUGUUGCGGACGGAGUGUUCAAUGCUGAGUUGAACGAGUUCCUUCGCCGAGAGCUCGCCGAAAAUGGUUACUCGGGCGUAGAGGUGCGCAACGGCGCGAUGAAAACUGACAUUAUCAUCAUGGCCACUCGUACGCAAGAUGUCCUCGGAGAGAAGGGACGUAAGAUCCGUGAACUUACCGCUGUUGUUCAAAAAAGAUUCAACUUCAAGGAGGGUACGGUCAAUCUGUUCGCCGAGAAGGUGUCGGCUCGUGGCCUGUGUGCCAUCACACAGUGUGAAUCCCUCCGUUACAAAUUGAUUGGGGGCCUUGCUGUUCGUCGGGCUUGCUACUCAGUUCUCCGUUGCAUUAUGGAGGCUGAAGCUAUGGGCUGUGAAGUUGUCGUCUCUGGUAAACUUCGAGGCCAGCGCGCGAAGAGCAUGAAAUUCGUCGAGGGUCUCAUGAUUCAUUCUGGCGAUCCAACAAACCACUAUGUUGAGACUGCCGUCCGUCAUGUACUGCUCAAACAGGGCGUACUUGGUAUCAAAGUGAAGAUCAUGCACCCGUUCGACGCGCAAGGCAAGCGUGGCCCCGCUCUCAUGCUACCCGACAAAGUUACCGUUAUGGUGCCCAAGUACGAGGACGACAAUGUCGAGACCCGCUCGGACAACAAGCAGGACAAUACAAAGCCACCGGCGGCUGCGGCGACGGCUGCAGUGGCAGCUACGGCAGCUGUUCUUUAAUAUGAAAAGGAAACGCUCACCCGGAACAUUUGGCCAGUAGUGGCCACCCGCUAGCCGCGUUCCAUUUAUGCAAAGGCGGGCAAAAUGUGAAAUAAAUCAUUUGGGGACAA